AACGAGUGCUGGAUAAGGAAGUGGAUUACUGACUUUUACCGGUGGGGAAGGGAAACCCGUGGAAACCGAGCUGGCAUCUACCAGAAAGUGACAAAAAUACCUCCCGAUCGGAAUAUGUAUUAAACCGAUCGGUUCUCCUGUCUGGUUUUGGCGUCAUGAGGAUAAACGAGAACACUUUACUGGAAGGAAACCAAGUCGUGUUGGUUCCCUACAAUGCAGACCAUGUGCCAAGGUAUCACGAAUGGAUGAAGUCCCAUGAGCUCCAGCAGCUGACAGCCUCAGAGCCGCUGACCCUGCAGCAGGAGUACGACAUGCAGAGGAGCUGGAGGGAGGAUGAAGACAAGUGCACCUUCAUCAUCUUGGACAAGCAGCGAUGGGCAGACUCCAGCGUGCAGGAGGAGCAGUGCAUGGUGGGAGACGUCAACAUCUUCCUCACUGAUCCCAGUGACCCCUCUUUGGCUGAGCUGGAGAUAAUGAUUGCUGAGCCGAGCUACAGGGGCAGGGGCAUCGGAAAGGAGGUGACAUGCAUGAUGAUGUCCUAUGGUUACCUGCUGAUGUGCUCUCCUCCAACAGCGGUGACGAAACUGGGCAUUCAAAAGUUUGAGGCAAAGAUCGGACUGGACAAUCAAGUCAGCAUCGCCAUGUUCAAGAAACUCCACUUCCACAAGCUGUCCAUGUGUAAGGUGUUCAAAGAAGUGACGCUUGGGCUGACGGUGGACGACUCGGUUCGGACAAAACUCCUGGCUGACACGGCGUACAUGAAGGAGAGAGACUACAGACAGACCUGCAGCAACAGGCAGGAACUGACUUCACCAUGAACUGGUCUGUAAGCACGUCCCAGGCACUUCCAGCUGUGAAGCAGUGCACUCUGGGUACGUUCAGUAACAUGAACAUGUCUGUUCUGACUGGUCAAAGGAGCUCUGGACAAAUGCUGCUUGCAGACACACAAAUACCUGUGCAGUAUAUUCCUCGUAACUAUAAUCUUGAGCUUCUUUGUUAUAAUAAAUUUUAUAUUUCUUCCUCUGAUAUAUACUGUAGAAAAGGCACGUUUUCACAAAAUAUGUUCAGCUACAGUUCGAGGCUUUUUUAUUUGAUUACAGAUACACCUGUAUUGGACAGAUUGUGUUAACUGCAUUGGAGACUUGUUUGGCUUUUUUUUUUUUUUUUUUUGAAGUAAGUUGAUAUUUGAAAUAGUUAUAAUUCCCGGAUACUUAAAACAUGGCACAGCCAUUCCUGCUAUUUUAUCUGCUAUUUUAUCUUUUUAAUAUAAACAAGGAAUAUCAAUAACUGUCAUCAGAAUAUAUUUGGAUUUUGACAUUAAUGCAUACAGAAGGGAGGAUAUUACUGUACAAACUGAACAGAAGUGGUCCUGAUAUUGAUCCCUGUGGAACACCGUUUGAACAUUCAGCCAAUUUAGAAACCCUAUCCCAAUUCUAGUACAUUGUUUUCACUGUAAAAGUUAAAAGUCGUGCUGCAGAGUUUAGGACAAGCUGAGUUACAUGGGUGAAAAGAGCAUUGCAGUAAUCUAAAUGGGAUGUUAAAAAGUGAGAGAUAAUUAUCUCUGUGUCCUGAGGUGCUGACCUUGGCAAUGUUCCUGACAUAGAAGUAGCAAGCAUGGACCAGUUUUGUGAUGAUGAUGAUGAAAAUGCAAAGUCAAAUAAACAUAAUCUCCGAAAUUCUUA